AUGGUCGCGCUCAGCGUCCGCGCGGUUCUGGUGCUUGUGUGCGCCAUCAACUUUCUCAACUUUGUCGACCGAGGGCUCAUUCCGGGCGCGCCGAUUGAGUUUCAAGGGUUUGUCCAAGCGACGACGCAGGCCGGUGCCAGCGUCAGCGUCUACGUCGGCGUGCUCCAAACCUCGUUCAUCGCGUCCUUCUCGGUCUUUGUGUGUGUCUUUGGCCACCUCGCCACCACCCACGCGCCGUUUACGCUCACAGCAGUCGGCCUCUCGAUCUGGAUCGUCGCGCUCGCUUGCUGCGGUCUGGCCAAGACGCUCGAUAGCUUUCCGCUUCUCUUGGCUGGUCGGCUCGUUUCGGGCAUUGGCGAGGCGUCGUUUCAAGCGACCGCGCCGAGCUUCAUCGACGCCUUUGCGAUCCCGAGCCAGCGCACGCGGUGGCUGGGCCUCUUCUACGCCGCCGCGCCCAUCGGCGAGGCCGUCGGCUUUUCGUUUGGCUCGAUUGUUGCGGCCAGCGUGGGCUGGGAUGCUGGUUUUUACACGAUUGCCUUGCUCGCCGUGCCGCUCGCCGUCGCAUGCUACGCGUGCAUUCCGCCAGCGCUCAACUGUCCGCUUGGCGAGGCGCCACAGGACACGUCGCCACUUUUGAUAAAGACAGAGCGCGCACCGACCACCUUUCUGCAGCGUACUUUGCGCAUCCUACAGAGUCCGUUGUUUCUCACAUCGUCCUUGGGCAGCGCCGCCCUCUCGUUUACGCUGGACGGCCUCGCAACGUUUGCACCGGUCUUGUACAUUGGCAUGGGUGUCCUUGACGCGACGUAUGCGGCCUCCGCCGUCGGCGCCAUCGUCGUUGGCGCCGGCCUCCUCGGGCCUCUCAUCGGCGGGCAUCUCUUGGACAUGUCCUGUCGCGGCCAUGAGCUUGACGACCGGGUCCGGCAGCGCGUCGCAGCAUGGCAGCUACUCCUCGUUGCAGUCACCAGCACCGGACUUCUCUUCCUCUCACUCGCCUGCAUCGGACACAACCGGACACUGGUCUUGGCUUUUCUGUUUCUCGGCCUUGUGCUUGCGUUCUCGGCGUCGGCGCCGUCGACCGUGCUCAUCUUGCUCAGCGUGUCGUAUGCGCAGCGCGGGUACGCCAUGGGCCUCAACACGCUGCUCACGCACGUCCUCGGCGAUGUCCCUGCCGGCGUUGUGCUUGGUGCGUUGAAAGACGUCUGGGCGCCGCACUGUGGCAGCGUUCUCGACGCGCAUGGCGCCGACGUGCUCAACCCCAAUUGCCAUUUCGACUUUGCUGGCCUGCGGGCUACGCUGGGAUUUGCGUACUGCUGGCUCGGCUGGGCCAUUAUCGCUUGGGCGAUCGCUUACUGGUUUGCCGCCAAGCGAGGCGCGUCGUUUCGUGUAUAG